ACGUUAUAAGUGUACAUUAAUAGGACAAAACUACUAUGACGCUUUUUCGUUUAAAUAAUGUUUAUAUUUUCGAACAAAAUGUUUGAUGUGACUUUAUCUAAAAAAAGAAAUGUAAUGACUUCGUCGACGCAUUAUUAAAUCUGCGAAGAAAAUAAUAAUGCCUGAGCGAGUCGAAAGUGCAAUUGAGCCGUACAACUUUUCCCUUUACGAUUUUCCUUUAUCUUCUCUCUGAAAGGGCUUAGUUGAAUUACACUAGAAUCACACCGUGUAAAUUAAACGAAACAAGCUGUUAGUGACCCAGCUGUUAGUAUAUGUGACAUAGAAGCCUCGACAUCAUAGUUUAAAUAUUUUUGAAGAACGAGGCGAAUUAUUUGACACGCAGCGCGUCGAAAGAAACAUGCGGAGACACUUGGCGCGAGUGUACGUUAAACUCGUUCGUUAUCAUUGACACCAAUAUAACCGGAUUGUGAUAGUGUCGGUGCGUCGGCGAUGCAUCUGUUUUCGGACGAUUUGUUCUGCUGUAGUAGGCGAUACCGCACUACGAUGACGAUAUUGGUUCAAAAGGAAUAACACACUACAUCAUGUAUAACGAAUCUUUGAAUUUGUUGUACGCGUACGUUAUACCCGUUACGCGAGCAUCUACGCGAGAUAGCGCACGUGUGUAUCGCGGGAAAGAGCUGCGUGCGGCGCAUUACGCGCUCGUUUAUCGCCGCGCGCGUUUGUGGCUCGCGAAACCACGCGCGCGUUUAAUUAAUUAUCGAAUCGGCGGCGAAAUCGGCGCGAACGCAGUGAAAUUCGACUAACCGGAUCUCUAAUUCGACCACCGACACCGCGACACGUUCGUCCCCGCGAAGCUGUCUCGUGACGCCCCUCUCGUUUUUCCUCGACACAAACGCUAUAGAUAAUCGUAUAUUACGACUACUUGAGCGACGACAUGUCGACAAACGGCCCGGAAUUGACAGUCAGACGGCCGGUCUACCAGCAGGACGAGCUUAAUCACUUGUACAAAUACGUGAAGCCCAAAAGGAUCCUUAGUAAGGAGGUGUCGAAGAGAUGCAAAAGAAUCAAACCGACUGCGCUUUUAAAGAAAUCUAUACCUCUAAUCGACUGGAUUUCUUCGUAUGAUUGGAAGAGCAAUAUAUUGGGAGAUGUUGUUGCCGGCAUUACCGUGGCUGUAAUGCAUAUUCCGCAAGGUAUGGCAUAUGCGAUUUUAGGCAAUGUACCGCCGAUUGUUGGAAUGUAUAUGGCUUUCUUCCCAGUGUUGGUAUAUUUCCUUCUCGGCACGUCCAGACACAACUCGAUGGGCACAUUUGCGCUCGUGUGUAUGAUGACUGGAAAAGUCGUUACCACAUACAGUUCCGUAGCAGUCCCGAUGAAUAACACGUUAGUCGGGAACGGCACCUCAAUUUCCAACGUGAGUCAUCAAUACUCUGCAAUAGAGGUUGCGACCGCAGUCACAUUCACAGUUGCCGUCAUACAGUUAGGAAUGUACGUGCUGCGUUUGGGUGUGAUUUCAUCUCUCCUUGCGGACAGCCUCGUGAGCGGAUUCACGACUGCAGCGGCGAUGCAUGUGUUUACAUCGCAAAUAAAGGAUCUCCUCGGGCUGAACAAGCUGCCGAGGCGCGGGGGUGCAUUCAAGCUUAUUCUUAUUUAUGUAGACGUUUUUAAUAGUUUGGACAGUGUUAAUAUAACCUCCGUAAUAUUGUCUGGCAUCACUAUCUUAGCACUUAUUUUCAACAAUGAGAUUCUCAAGCCAAGAGUAGCAAAGAUAUGUCCCUUCCCGAUACCGAUAGAAAUGCUUGCGGUAGUAAUCGGUACUUUAGUAUCGAUGCAAAUGAGUCUCGCAGAUACUUACAACGUGCUGACAGUUGGCGAUAUACCAGUAGGAUUGCCAGUUCCGUCAGUGCCGCCGUUAUCUCUUAUAUCCAACAUUCUGGUAGACAGUUUCGUAAUUACCAUGGUCGCUUACACGAUAUCGAUGUCGAUGGCAUUGAUUUUCGCGCAGAAGAUGGGUUACGAGGUCGACUCCAAUCAAGAAUUGGUGGCGCAGGGCCUAGGAAAUCUUGUAGGCUCCUUUUUCUCUUGCAUGCCCAUCACGGCUUCGUUAUCUAGGUCGUUGAUUCAGCAAACUGUGGGUGGACACACGCAGUUAGCAAGUUUGAUAUCGUGUGGGAUCUUGGUCAGCGUAUUACUAUGGAUCGGUCCAUUCUUUCAACCUCUGCCACGAUGUGUUUUAGCGAGCAUAAUCGUAGUAGCGCUGAAAGGAAUGUUGAUGAAGGUCACCGACUUCAUGAAAUUCUGGAGAUUAGACAAAAUAGAUGCUGGAAUUUGGGCCAUCACCUUUAUAACCGUGAUACUAUUCGACGUCGAGUACGGAUUAUUCGUCGGCAUGCUUCUCUGCAUUGGAAGGUUACUCGUACUUGCUGUCCGCCCAUAUACAUGUAAGCUCGCUCUUGUACCCGACACCGAACUUUAUUUAGAUGCCAAGAGAUACAAAGGGACAAUAGAAAUUCCUGGCAUUAAGAUUUUCCGUUACUCUGGCAGCUUAAAUUUUGCGUGUAGACAAUUCUUCCGUGAGGAAAUAUAUAAGGUUGCUGAGUUAGUGCCUCAAAAAGAACUAUGCAGACGAUUGAAAGCCGCGACCAAUGGUUCCGCCGAAGCAGGAGAAAUUAAAAAAUUGCGGGUUCUCAUAUUAGACUUCACCGCGUUGUCGCACAUUGAUCUAGCAGGAGCGAAUGCAAUGCGAAGUAUCGUCGAGGAAUAUUGCAGUAUUGAAGUAUCUGUUUACAUAGCUGGUUGUUCUGGGCCUGUGUACGAGACAAUGAGAAAAUGUAACCUAACUGACGAAUACAACGACAGUCCUUUCUUCGCCAUGUUUCCCACGGUCGCCGACGCUGUACAUUUUGCACGAUCUCACAGCGAAGUACCUUCGACGCCUGCUGCAUGGAGCACUCGUGUUUACGAUGAGAACUGUAUUAGCAGACUCUGA